AUGUCACUGGAGGUUUACCCCGCGACCCCCGCCGAUGCGCCCGCACUUACGCAAGUGUUCUACGCGGCCUUCCGUAGCGAUGCCGACAAGGCCAUGUUUCCAAAUACGCCGGACGGGACAGAAUGGUGGGAGAAGGUUUUCAGCACCGCAAUCACCCGCUCGAUUGCAGGCGAGUCCAACGAGAUAUUCUUCAAGGUGACGGAGGGGUCGGAGAGUGGCCCCAUCGUCGCGUUCGCAAAAUGGAAGCGUCCCGCACCCGCAGAUCACGAUCGGCGCGAGGAACAGAUCAUGUGGCCUGCUAGUAGCGAUAAGGAGCUUUGCGAUCGGUUUUUCUGGGGCAUGGAAGCGCAACAUCAGAAGUGGAUGGGGGAUAGACCUCAUUAUUAUCUGGAUAUGCUGGGUGUCCACCAUUCGUACCAGGGCAAAGGACUGGGCUCGAAGCUCCUCAAAUGGGGUCUCACGCGCGCUGAUACUGAAGGUGUGGAGGUUUAUCUGGGUGCAUCUCCGGCUGGAAGACCUUUGUAUGCGAAAUAUGGGUUCCGGGAGGUUGGUACCUUUUCGCCAUACCCCGACUAUGUGCUGGUGAUGAUGAUACGCUCACCCAAUGCACAACAGAAAUUGGAGUGA